AUGUACUGGCAAAGAGCCGUGUAUUUUCCUUUGGUCGAUCACCUUGUACAAGAACUAAAUGACAGGCUUCUAUUACAAGAGAAUCGUUUCUUAGGACAAUAUCUUGUUCCAGCAAAGCUGAAUGCUUUCAACAGCGGAUUACAAGUCGAUAAGCUUUAUGAAACCUACAAAACGUAUCUUUCAGAGAAGAGAGACUUUGACAAUGAAAUUUUAAGGUGGCAAACAAAGUGGUCUCAUUCAACUGAUAAAAAAACCAGUGACACUCACAGGGACAGUCUCCAGCACGCUAAUCCGAACCUUUAUCCCAACAUGGUCACAAUUAUUACCAUCCUCGUGACAAUGCCAGUGUCAACUGCUACCCCCGAACGAUCUUUUAGCACGAUGCGCAGAGUGAAGACGUACUUAGUACGUUCCACGAUGAAAACAGAGCGACUCGCAGCGCUUGCCCUGAUGCAUGCUUACAGAGGCAUAUAUACCCAUUGA